CUAUGCUCUUUUUGUAUUUACGCCGUGCUGUACACUCAUAAGGGGGAAGCGUUCAUAGAAUUGAGCGUUUGCCAGCCCAGCUCAGCCAGAGAACUGUGCUCCUUCAGCCCAGCCGUGUUGUGUGUAUACAUUGCCUAUCAUUUACAACACACUAUUGCCGUGGAGGUGGCUUGUUCUUUUCGGUCCCUAUUAAAAAAAUAAUUGACUCAUUCACGGACAGCACUUCUUUCAGUACUGCAUUUCUAUAGAACAUGCUCUUAAAGUGGAAUUAUCCUGCCUAAUCUGUUACCGUUUCACUGCAAGCAGUGUGGACUUUGCAAGGAAUAAUUCUCAGCUCAAGUCUAUGUUUCCAACUUGGAAGAUAUAUUGUGAAUAUACUAUUCUUUUCCAUAACCCCAGAUCGCUGUGAGUGGAGUCCGGAGUCCUGUUGUAUAAUCGGGGACGCUGAGCGCAUCCCUCGUUUUCACUAUGUUGUGGCCAGAAUAAUUUGGUCUGUGCCAUUCUUGGUCGAUACCUGCCCCAUUCCCUCACGAUCCACCGUUGCCUAGCUGAUUCCGAGGCGCAAGUUGAACCCCCGGAAGCAAGAUGAACAACUCGUCGGUCAAACGCAAGCACCCUGAAAAGGGCUCGAGUGACAGAUUUCCUGGAAACAAGCGGCGAUGCGAGAAGCGGAGUUCAUACAUCGAGGAGCUGUACGAGCUCAUCACGGCAAGCCUCAGCAACCCAGAGUCUCUGAACAUGAAGCCGGACAAGUGCGCCCUCCUACAAGAAACGCUCAGUCAGAUUAAACGCAUCAAGCAACAACAGGAUGCUGAACAUGGCGAAGAGGUACAGCACAGCCAUGUAUCGUCCAGUAAACCUGGGGUUCCUUCCGGAGACUCGCUGGGAAGUGUUUUACUUGAGACACUUGAUGGAUUCCUGUUUGUGGUCAAUAGCCAGGGAGAGAUAGAGUAUGUGACAGAGAAUGUCAACAGUUAUCUCAAUUAUCAACAGGAGGAUCUAAUAGGAACGUCAAUCUAUAGCUAUGUUCAUGUUGGAGACCAUAAUCCCUUUACUAAGUGCCUGCACCCAUCCACCAGUACAGCAACUUCAAGCAUCUGGGCUCCGGAUGCAGGCAACGCUCCCCAGUGUGGCCGUAAUCGCUCUUUCAAGUGCCGUAUGCAGGUGAAACCGGAGAAUGAUGAAUCGCUGGGGGCAGAGCGUUACGAUACCAUGAUGUGCACUGCCAUUUUGAAACCGGCCAUCAACAAAGAGAGCAACUCCUCAAAUAGUGAUGCAGAGGGUACAGUUCACCUAUUCUGCAUCGCAAGGCGGGCGUUGCCAGAGGAGCACAACUCCAUAUCAGACACCAUGGAGGAGUUCACCACCAAGCUAAGUCGGGAGUAUGUGAUACAGUCGGUCGACCUGUCAAGGGUCAAAGGUCUUUCGUUCUCACAGGAGGAAAUGCUGCAACAGACCAUCUUCAAGUACUGCCACGCAAGCUCAAGAACGGAACUCAAGAACCGUAUUGAUGAAGCUAUGGAGAAAGGUAAAAGCCUGAUGCCCAUGUACAAAUUUCAGCUGUCCAAAGACAACUGGGUUAAUAUUCAGACAUCAUUCUACACCACACACCAUCAUUCCGGUCAGCUGGAAUAUGUCGUCUGUGUCCACUCUGUCAUGAGAGAUAUGGACCCGAACCGUAACACGCCAGUGACUUCAUUACCUUCAACAAAUGUCAACCCUGCACCACACCCAACAAAUAUGAGCAACAUGUCGAACAUGAAGACGGAGCAGUUGUUGAAAGUGUUUACCAAUCAGAGACAAGGGAUGUCUCAUCAGAAAAUAAUGCAACUCAAAAACUUAGUGCAGCAAAAGCAACAGCAACAACAACACCAGCAGCAGCAGUCCCAGGCCGGCAUGUGGAACAGCAGUGGUGGGGGUGCCGUUGGGGUCGUUGCUGGUGGUGGGGGUCCAGCUGGACCUGUUUGUGGAGCUGGAGGUGUAGGAGGAGGAGGAGUGGGCGGAGUUGGUGGUAAUGGAGGUGUCCUCAACCCUGGUGUAAACAUGAUGGGAAGGGGCAACAUGGCCAUGAAUGGUGGACAAGGUGGGACAGGAGGAACUGCGGGAAACAUGCUCGGUGGAAACAUGAAUUACAACUCAAAUCAAAUGGCCGGGAUGGGCCCGGUCAUGGGGGACAAUGCACUCUAUAACCGAGGCAUGUCUGGGGGGACAAACCCCAACAUGAUGUUCAAUCGCGGAGGUGCAGGUGGUGGUAGCGGUGGAGGUGCUGGCACCCCCGGCACCAACGGCGGUCCCGGUGACAUGACUAAACGCAACAAGAUGCCACCAGCAGCCACUGCUACCACGGGGAGCCUUCGAGGCAACCAGGAUAGUACAGAUGACGUGUUCUUGCCAGAAAAUAAUCAAGGGAAUAUGUACAAGAUGAUGAACAAUGGUGGGCCAACAAGAGGGAAUCAAGGGAAUAACAGACUGGAUGAUUCCGGAAGCUUGAACCCUAGCCCUGAUACCAAUGAAAAAGAUGGAGACAGCAAGGAUGAUAACAUGCUGCAAGAUCUCCUCAAAGAAAAAGAUGAAACCCAGGGUGAUCCUGACAGUAGUAAAAACAGGUCAUCAACUCCUGGCUCGCAGAAGAAUGUCAAGCGCUUCCCAGAGAACGAUGAAGUCCUGGACAACAAUUCCCUACGCAACAUGAUGGAGAAGGCUGUCAAGGUGCCAGGUCAGAAUCCCAAAGCUCUAGAAGAUGGCGAGGAAGAUGGUUCACAAACGAAAAAGACCCCAAAGAUCCUUGGAGGGUUGUUGGAAGGAAACAAGAAGGUAAUGUUUGGCACGGGACUCUUGCCCAAAGAGCAGCCAGAGUUUGUAAGUAGUACAGUGGUUUCCACAACGACUAUAUGGAAGAAAGGCGAUGCAGAGCCAGAAUCGAACAAUAACAAUGGACAGUGUACCAGCAGUAGUGGUAAUGGAGGAAACGGCAGUAAUGGCGGUAAUGCUACCAACCAACAGAAGAAAAAGAAAGGGCAGUAUGUGUUAUUACAACAGCUCCUUAUGGAUGAUGAUUCCUCUGUGAAUAACAUUGUGAAGGGCAUGAAAGGCGAGGAUGAUGGGAAGAGUUCGCAGGACUCCACGACAAGCCCGACGGUAACGACGACCAAACCCCACAUGCCCUCAUCACAGGAUGGUGGCCUCGGUCUCGGUGUUGGAGGCGAUAUUGGGGAUGGUUUGGAAGAUCCUGAUGCUAUCAUGAAGCAGUUGAUCCAAGCCUUUGAGACCCUUGAAGACAAUGACCCCAACAAGCAUAGUGCCAUGAAUGAACUCUUGAGAGAAAUUGAAAACUCUGGUAAUGACACGCUCACAGGAAAUGAAUUGCAAGUGAAGCCCAAUCUGCAUGGUGGCUCUGGACCACCGUUCCAAACCAAGGAUGGCAAAAGCAACCAGAUGUCAUCGAGUGGCUCUGGCAUGCCCCCUCAGAUGACUGGUCAACAGCAGCAGGGCAUGCUGGGUGGCAUGCCUGGUCAGGGUGGUAGACCUAAUCAAAGGAACAACCAAUCUGGGGUCCCUCAAUCUCAGGUGCCCAAGUCAAUGAACAACAUGAUGGCUCCUCCUAACCAGACUGCACCAGUAGAUAGUGGGAUGACAGCUGCUCAGAGCAUGGCGGCGCAACAGAUGUUGAGAGGUCAACAGCAACAACAGCAGCAGCAAUCACAAAAUUCCCAACAACAAGCUAAUUCAACACCAGAGCAACCCAUGUCCGAAGAUGAUGUCAAGCUCCUUGAACAGUUUGAGCAGUUCUUGAAGAGCAGCAACAUUCCGCUGCCAGAGAUAGAGAGUGCCUUCGGUCUGAACAAUGGAGGUACAGGUUCUACAGACUCAGCUGGAGGAAUGCCACAACAACCGCAGCAGCAACAGCAACAGGGACCUACCCAGCUUCCAAAUCGGCAUGGGACACCAGGUCCACAAGGUCAGACUCCAGGAGGCAACGUGGACACCAGGGUGUCACCUAUCACGGAUUUGUUGACUCAGCCAGGUGUACCCCGUCCAGGCAUGCCACAAGGGAACUUCCAGUCGGGGAUGGGUGGCAGCAACCCGGGCAUGCCAGGGUAUCAGUCUCAGCAGCAACAGCCGGGCAUGUCACAACAGCAGCAACAACAGCAGCAACAGCAGCAGCAUCAAAUGGGAAUGCCUGGCCAGAACAUGCCAGGGAUGAUGAUGGGUGGGCCGCAGGGUCAAGGACCAAGGUACCCAACACCGACAAACAUUCCGCACAUGGGGCAAGGGUAUGGAAUGCCGCCGCAGCAAGGCCAGCAGCAGCAUGCCAUGGGGCAGGGCAUGGGUGGGCCAGGUGGUGCUAUGCAAGGACCAGGGAUGUUCCCAUCCAGGCAAAGACAAUUAAGAGCUGCACUGAUGCUCAAGCAGAACAAGAAGCAGCAUCAGAUGAUGCAGCCCCAGCAGCCACAACAGCAACAGAUGUGGAACUUGCAACAACAAAGGCAACAACAGAUGCUACAGCAACAGCAAGCACAGCAGCAGCAGCAACAGCAAAGGAUGUUGCAACAACAACAGCAGCAACAGCAGCAGCAGCAACAACAGCAACAGCAACAACAGAAGAAUCUCAUGAUGCUCCACCAGCAAUCUCAACAACAGACCUUUUCGGGACCACAGGUCGGUGUUGCGGGAAAAGUUGCAACCACCAACAAAAAAAUGGAUUCACAAGGCUACAAUGAGUUCUCUGCAUCAAACAACAUUGUUCCACCUAAUGUUAGCAUACAGCCACCCAAACAGAAGAUGAUGUUCCCCAACCAGAUGAACCACCCGAUGGGUGGAGGGCCAGGAAUGGGACAGCAUCAAAUGGGUGGUGGCCCCCAGCAGUAUCCCCACAGAGCACCAGGUGCAGACUUCAGGCAACCUUCAUUCGGCCAGAUGAUGCCACCUCAAAGCCAGCAUAUGGGCUACCAAGGGGGGCAGAACUACCCCCAGGACUUUGGAGGGAUGGGAGGUAUGGGUAACAUGAUGCCCCCGGGCCAGGGAUCCAUGGGUAUGAACCCCAACCAGCAUCCCGGUAUGGGGGGCAUGAGGCCGACUGGUAUCAACCCCAACAUUCCCCGCCCCAACCUGAGCCAGGGACACGGCAUGGGUGCCAUGGGCAUGAAGCAGCACAUGCUUAGCCGUAGCCUGAGCAUGCCGCAGCAGAUGACGCCGGGCAACAUGGAACCCGAGCCGUAUGGUCAACCCUUUCAACAGCCGCAACUCCAACGGGCAAACUCGAUGGGGAUGACUUCCGGUAUGGGGAGCAUGCAAGGUGGUCAGAUGCCUGGUGGAAGUGGACAGAUGCCGGUUUCUGCCGGUCCAGGGGCGGGGACGCCGGGUAACAUGCGGUGGAACAAUGGUCAGAUGAACCCCAACCAAGGCACCGCCAGCAAUCCGGGGAUGGUACCUCCAGGGUUGAAUCAGCAGCAGAUGAGCGGUGCUGGAACCAUGACACCAGGAAGCAUGUCACAGGGUAUGGGACAGAGCAGUAUGGGACCUGACAUGUUUGGUAGUAUGCAACCCAACAUGGACUUAACCAGCUCAGCAAGGAAUCGGCGCACUCCAGUUGGAAACAUGACCACAACUCAGGCUGGUGGUGGAAUCCGACCUGGAUUACCGAUGCCCACCUCCAUCCCCACUCCCAUCAACCUGCCAAGCCUUGCAAGCAUCAGCUACAACAGCAGCAACCCAAACCAACCCACCUCAACCACUACCACCACUCCACAGCAGCAAACACAGCAGCAGCAGAUCCCCCAACCCACCUCCCAAAACCAGCAACAACCACCACCACAACAGCAGCAGCAACACCAGCAAGGGAUGAAGACCAUUACUGUAACAUCGACGACCAGUGUCCCGUCAACUGCCAGUGCUCCUGGACAGCAAAGUAGCCACAUGGGUGGUUCAGCAGCUUACCGGGGUAACAUGGGCAGACCCGGUGGACCAGGGGGUAACAACAUGGCACCCCCUACACAGGAUCUAGACAUACUUGGGCUCACUAUGGAACUUCUUGAUCCCACCUACAACAAAGAUGAGAAGAACGUUGGAUUGGAAGCAAGCAAGGGCAUGGGACCAGGUCAGGCCAACAGCUAUGUCAGUCAGCCGGAUAGCACUGGACCUGUACGACCCGGCGGCACUUCGUCCUAUGCAGAGAACCAGGCUAGGCAGGAUGCAAGGAAAAGAUAUCAGGAGUUUGUGGAGAUCUCCAAUGCCAAGGAAGCACCGGAUGCAACCACCCGCGCCUCCAACCUAUUCCGUAACCAGCUGAAGCAGAGACCAGGGGGACCCGGAGGAGGGCCAGGGGGUAUGAUGCCUGGACAGGGACAAGGGGGUUUCCCACCAGGAGCUGAUGAGAUGGGUGGCCACGAAGUUGAAGGAAAAGGCAGCAGCCUUCUUCAGAAACUGCUCUUGGACUGAGUCUCUCUGACUUGAUAUUUCCAGAUGUAGUUUAAUGGUCUUUGUAAUUCCAUUCAUCAACACUUGCUGAUCACAAUCCACAUUGACAGAAAAUAUUGUUUGGUGUGAUGUUCAUGUGAACUUCCAUCGCAAUUCACCAAUUUGUGCGACCCA